AGUCUGUGGACACUGACUUCUUUGCUGUGAACCUACUUUUGUUUCGUUGUCAAACUUUGGAUAUCACAUUUGCCAAAUCCAUCAAUACCCCACUUCUUUCAUCUGUUCCAGGCGAUCUUGGAAGACAUUCAUUGUGCUCCUCCUUGCUUUUUGUGUGAUAUACAUGAGGAUGAAAAAGAGUCUCUGUCAUCUUAAAUGAAUAGGAAUUUUCUUUUGGAGUGAAAGUGGCAAUUUGAAUGUUUGAGUGCAUGCCUGAGUGGUACUAAACAACUGCAGCACCAUGUUGCCACCGGUGAAGAAGGAUCGGAUCAUUACUCAGCUCCCAAAGUGUUUUAGUCCAAAUGCAGCACUGCACACCAAAGAAGACUUCCAUCCGCAGAUGAAGGCCGCGUGCCAGGUACAGAAGACGGACGCGGUGAACUUCAAUAUUGCCAAGGUCAUCGUGGUGGGCGAUGUUGCAGUUGGGAAAACCUGUCUGAUCAGCAGGUUCUGUAAAGGUGCAUUCGAUAAAAACUACAAAGCAACCAUUGGAGUGGAUUUUGAGAUGGAGCGUUUCGAGGUUCUUGGUGUUCCCUUCAGUUUACAGCUGUGGGAUACAGCAGGACAGGAACGGUUCAAGUGCAUCGCUUCCACAUACUACAGAGGAGCACAAGCCAUCAUAGUGGUGUUUGAUUUAAGCAGCGCCAACUCAUUAAUACAUGCGAGACAGUGGCUGGAGGAUGCUAUGAAGGAAAAUGACCCGUCCAGUGUUUUGCUGUUCCUCGUUGGUACCAAGAAGGACCUAAGUUCUCCUGAACAGUUGGCUCAUAUUGAGCAGGAAGCCAUCAGACUCUCCGAGGAAAUCAAGGCAGAGUACUGGGCUGUGUCUGCAAAGUCAGGAGAUGGUGUCCGGGAGUUUUUCUUACGAGUGGCUUCUUUGACUUUCGAGGCUAAUGUUUUAGCCGAGCUGGAGAAGAGCGGGUCCCGGCAGGUCAAAGACAUUAUCCGUAUUACAGAGAGGACACAAGGCGAUCACAAUCGGAAGAGGAAGUCGAACUGUUGCUGAGCCCGAACAAAUGACUGCCUGGAUUGACUGAUGUACCUGCAGAGCCACACAAAAUGGACAACUCAACCUGAAGAUUCAGCAGAAACAAGGACCCUGCAGCAGAAUGUGGACAUCGAGAAUAGAGCAACGUCAGGUGAUGAGGCUGUAGUGGUAGCAGGAAGAAAAUGCUCUGAGUAAUCCCUUAUACCAAAGCUACAAUAUAACUAAUUCCUUCUAAGUUGUCUGUAAACGAGUCUGUCAGCAGAGGGACUUGAAUACUGUCUACUCAGGAAUCCUUAGUCAUGACCAGGCGUACAACAAGUGAGGCUUUGUGAUAUUCUUGGUUAUAUAAAAAUGUAUUAAAA